GUCGACAACGAAUGUCCGUCCGAGCGGGUCAAACGGAGGAUGUCCAACUGUCCCGUGAAAGUCCACGUGUAAAACAACUGUGAUCCACGUGGCAACCUCAUAACAUUCUUAGCUGACACGUAUUGGAGAGUUUGUUUUCGUUUCUAACACACACUUGUUUGAUUUUUUCAAAUCCGUUGGAUCUAACUCAAAAACCUACAUUUCUGUCUCCCUCCCUCCAUCUCUCUCGUUUCGCUUCCCUGCAAAAUUCAAAAAAUAAAAAAACAGGAUCAAUCACAAAUUAAAGAAAUGGGGGCUGAAACGUUUGUAGAGAUUAUACUCGCCAUCAUCUUGCCUCCUAUUGGCGUUUUUCUUCGAUAUGGUUGUGGUAUCGAGUUCUGGAUUUGUUUAUUGCUGACGAUAUUGGGCUACCUUCCGGGGAUUAUAUAUGCAAUUUAUGUUUUGGUGGUGUAGUGUUUUUUCUUUGAAUUUUGUGCUUUGAACAUGAAUAGUUAUUGAAGGAUUCGACUUUUGUUCA